AUGGCCCUGCGACGUGCUCGGCUUCUCUGGGCCUGGGCAAGCGGCCCGGGCAGGCAGCUCGUCAUGGUCGGGGCGCUGACCAUGCUGCACCAAGUGCGUCGAAACCUGACGGCCCGGCGGAUAUUCAGCGUCCCGCACGCGCUCGUCCUGUUGUGGAUGGUCAUCUUGCUCUGGGGCGAGCGCUGGGUGUUCGAGAGCAAGGUCGAGGACUGCAGGUGGCAGAACUGGGAGAAAUGGCCGAAAGGGACGAGGCCUCACCACCUGAUAUUCGUGGCCGAUCCGCAGCUCAUCGACCCUCACUCGUACCCAAGCCGUCCCUGGCCGCUGGGACCGCUGACGAUGCUCAUCACCGACAACUACCUGCGCCGCAGCUACAACGCGCUCCAGCGGGAGCUGAAACCGGACAGCCUCUUCUUCCUCGGCGACCUCUUCGACGGCGGCCGAGAGUGGAAGACGCGCAAGGGCCGUUUCGUCGAUCCGAAAUGGGGCAACUCGCGGACCAAGGAAGAGCAGAAGCUGGUGGAGAAGUGGCACCGCAAGUACGGCGACGACUAUUGGAUGCGCGAGUACCAGCGAUUCGGCGACAUCUUCUUCAACAAGUGGUACCUCGGCGGGGCCGCGCCGGGCCCGUGGCAGAAGGGGAGGAAGCUGGUGGCCAGCCUGCCGGGCAACCACGAUUUGGGCUUCGGAGCCCAGGUUCAGAUCCCCGUCCGCGACCGCUUCAGCGCCUUCUUCGGCGACGGCAACCGGGUCGACAUAGUGGGAAACCACACGAUUGUCUCGGUCGACACGGUAUCGAUGAGCGCCGGCACGUCGGCCCAGAAGGCCAUGCACAACCUGCAGCCCAUCCACGGGCCUGUCGACGAGUUCUUGGAGGGCGUGCAGGCGACGAAGAGGAAGAUGGUGCAGGAUGAGCUGCGGACGUGGCACGAUGUCGACCGAGACUACUUGCUCUUCGGUCACAAGGUCGAAGAGCUGGCCUCGGCGAGCACCGAACGAGUCCUGCGAGACCCCGGCCCCAGGGCGGCCGACUUUCCGACCAUUCUCCUCACCCACGUACCGCUCUACCGCUCGCCCGGAACGCCCUGCGGUCCGCUCCGCGAGCAUUGGCCGCCGACCAAGGCGGCCAAGGGGCAGUCGAACGACCCGGCUCCGGACCACCGCAACGCCAUCACCGUGUCGGCCGGCUACCAGUACCAGAACGUGCUGAGCGAGGAGGACUCGAAAAGGCUCGUCAAGAGCGUCGGCAACGUCGUCCACGUCUUCUCCGGCGACGACCACGACUACUGCGAGCUGACGCACUCGAGCUCCAAGGACAACGUGCGGGAGAUUACGGUCAAGAGCUUCAGCAUGGCCAUGGGCGUCCCGACGCCGGGAUUCGUCAUGGUGAGCCUCCACAACCCGGUCGACGCGGACGGGAGGCCGAUGCCCGGGUCGCCGGAGAAGACGCUGCAGACGCACCUCUGUCUCCUCCCGAACCAGACGCGAACGUUCCUCCAGUACGCGACCUACGCCAUCCUCUCCCUCGUCCUCCUUUCCAUAUGGGCCUUCCUCAUCCCCAUCCUGCGGCUGCAGCCGUUCGCGCUCGAAGCGGAGAAGCACAGGCCGCUGGGGCUCCCGAUGUUCAAGGACAAGGACAAAGCCAAGUCGGAGCCGCCGGACCACUCAGCACACGUCGACCUCCCGUUGCGCAUGUACGCCGUCGCAACCUCGGCCGUCCGGAGCUCGUCGGCGGGACCAACCGAAGGAGCACGGUGGUCGUCGAAGAAGAGCCGGCAAACCAGGCGAUGGGGCUGGGGGGGCGGGGUCGAAGGUCCGCGCAUCAAUCUCGACGACGCCUUUUCGUACGAUAGCAGCAGCGACAAGGCGUGGCGGAGGCGACGCGGCCGGCGGACGCUUCGGGCCCUCGGCAGGGAGCUGUGGACGACCGCCUGGAGGGUCGCCUGGAUGUCGGUCCUGAUUUGGGCCUACCUCGCGAAGCAGGGUUGA